AUGAUGGGAAUGGGGUUCCAGGGAUUUGGAGGGAAGCAAACAGUUACACUGGAGGUUUCAGAGGUGGAUCUACCUGGCAUGUCGGUGGAAGAGAAUCCUUCAGAGGGAUAUGGCUCUGCCUACAUGGAAAAUGGUAAUGCCAAAGGACGUGGCAAUAACACAGCCAGGAAAAUAUUGCUAGGUAUGGUAUGGGGUUUACCCAACAGUUCAGAACUUAAGAUACUUUGUGAAGUUGUCCAGCAAGGCACUUUCAGACAUCACAAAAUCAACCUGAGUUCGGUUGUUUCUGACAGUCUAAUCUGUUUGUGGUCUUUCCUGGAACUAAACAGCUUCAGAAUGCAACUGAAGAGAUGGCAUCCUGAUAAAAACCCAGAUAACAAGAAGGAAGCUGAAGAGAAGUCCAAGGAGAUAAUGGAAGCGUACAAACUGCUGUCCAACAAGAACAAGCGUGACCUGUAUGAUGACUCCCUCAAGGAUAUACAGAAAGAAACAGGUCAGUGGACCCUCAGGAACAAGAAUGUGAAAUGGAAGGAGGAUUUGGCGGCCAAGAAGCACCAGUCCCAAGAUGGAAGAAAUGGCCUGCCAGCUGUGACACGUGAGCAGCAUGCCCAAAGCCAGUCCAUUAAAAAGCCUUUUCCUGAGAAUAGUGAGUGCUACACUUGGAAGUCUAAGUCCCAAAGUAAGAAGAAUAAGCCCUUCCCCGGAAAGGACAAGCAGUAUGAAUACUGGGAGAUCAAUACUGGGGGAGAAAAACAUCCAAAGUUAAAAACUGAGCCUUGUAUCAGGGAGGAUAAGCUCUAUUCAGGGAAGAAGAAAAAACAUAAUGGUAAGUCUGAGAUGCACACAAAGAAAGAACUUCUAAAAGAAAAGGCUGAUGGUCACAUUGGAAAGUACAAGAUGAAGAUCAAGAAAUCUCUGACUGUGGAAAACAGGUCUUACACAAGAUUUGAACAUAUAAAGAGAUCUAUUCACAAUGCUGAGCAGAAAGAAUUACUUGAUGAAUCUGAAUCAGGUAUCAGAUAUUUGAGAAGGCAGGCAGGCAUGGACCCCCACAGCCAUGCUGACGUCCAUGUGGCCACGCAGCUGCGAGGUGGAGACUUUAAGAAAAAGAUUUACAACUUGCCUCUGAACAGUAUAAACAGUACGAUGGUCGAUUACUACCAAGCACUGGACAUUCCACAAAUUGCCUCUUCAAUUGACAUUAAAAAGGCGUACAGAAAAAAUGCACUGAAAUGGCAUCCAGAUAAAAACCCAGGGAAUAAGGAAUAUGCUGAGAAGAGGUUCAAGGAGAUAGCAGAAGCAUAUGAAGUGCUAUCAGACAGUAAGAGUUCAGCCCCUUUUUCCUUUCACAUUUUCUGCAGAGGUUACAAACGCAAUCUUUAUGACCUCUACGGCACUGAAGGACUUAUAGGUGCAAGUACAGGAACUGAUCUUUAUCAGAGCACAGAUGGGACUUCUGACUUAACGUUCACUUUUCGGGAUGCAGAUGAGGUCUUCAGGGAAUUCUUUGGAGAACAAGAUCCUUUCACACAACUCUUUGAUGACUUUUCUCCAUUUGUAGAUCAGGAUGACAGUAUAUCUCAGCUGAUCAUUCCAGGAGGUGUCACCUACUCCUACUACUCCUAUGCUUCCCCAGGCCUGACAGACUUCUUCACUACCUUUGGACCUGGUGCUGAAAUGGGACUUGGUUUUCAUUCCAUCUCCACAACUACCAAGUGCAUCAAUGGCAAGCGGAUAACUACCAAGAGAAUUAUUGAGACUGGGCAGGAGACAGUGGAGAUUGAUGAGGAUGGAGAGCUCAAAGUGGCAGAAGUGCAGGACCUCAGCAAUAACAUGAAGGCCAGAAUGGAACGCAUCAGCCAGGAGCAGCCAGAGGUCCUGAGCUCUGCCAUUGACGUCCUAGCUCCGCUGCGCUCACAAAGUGCUGAGUCUGUUCUUGCCCACCCCGAGGAUGAUGGCAAGGACCUGCAUCGGGCCAUGGCCUCCAGUCUGUCUGAGAUAGAGAAUGUGGUGACACACUCAGUGAACCUCCAUAGCUCAAAGAAGAGACGGGGCAGCACUCGACGGGCACGCAAAAGAAUACUAGGACCCAACCAGGAAGUGGGUGGCCCUUUGGCCAUCAGAGCUAAAAGCCCAGGUGGGGGAGACAAUAAGGGGACAGAGGACAAGGUAGCUGAAGGACCAAAGCCAGGAGGUAUCACAGAGGCACCAAGGAGUCAUCUUGUGCAUGAAGAGAAUGAUUCUGCUCUUAAAGAUGCCCAGUAUGGCAUUCCUGGGAUAGUUCCUGCCCGGAGAGAUAGGGAAUCUGUCAUGUGCAUCAUUCUCUGA